UGAUUAGCGAUUAGGCAGAAAUUGAGUUUAAUUAACGUGGAAAGAAACCCACCUACACAUUUUUGGGGAGAAAUUUACUUGUAACAGAGAGAAAAUAGCCGUUUUGGUAGUUUUCGAGUUUCCUUCCCUCGACGGAUUCCGUUUCCGGGUCAUUUCCCCUUUCCAAAUUCCAAAUCCGAAGCUGAGCUCUGCGUACCUGACACGUCCUUUUUCACCGCUUAAACCCCUUCAAACAAGUUCAGGCGACGACGACGACGACCUCGUGGGUCCAGAAUACUGGCGCUCCACAGUCCUUCAAACUUCCGACCCCGAAUCUCUCCCUCUCUAUCAAAUCAGUAUAUAUACAUAUAUGUAUAUGUAUAUAUACACACACUGCGAUUGGCCAUGAAAUUUACCUUUGAUUUGAAGAACCAGCUCUAGAGAUAGACUAGAGAGGAUUCGACUACGAUGGGUGUUGUGGCCGAACAUUCCGAUCGCCAAACUAUCAGAGAUGUCAUCUGCCACGCCGGUGCUGGCGCCUCCGCUGGUGCUAUUGCGGCUACGUUUGUAUGCCCCUUGGAUGUCAUCAAGACUAGGCUGCAGGUCCAUGGCAUGCCUUCUGGGCAAAGAGGUAGUAUCAUUGUCACAAGCCUACAAAAAAUAUUAAAGACUGAAGGUGUGAAGGGGAUGUACCGGGGCCUUUCACCUACAAUUCUAGCGCUACUUCCAAACUGGGCAGUGUACUUCACAGUUUAUGAGCAACUCAAAGGCCUACUCCACACUCAUGGUUGGUUUUUCCAAAUGUGGCUUAAAAGUCUGUGUUUGUCUCUAAUUAUUUCUUAUGAAACGCCUGUUCAUGGCAUCGGAGAACUCACAAUUGGUGAAAAUAUGAUUGCUGCUGCUGGUGCCGGGGCUGCCACAGCCAUUUCAACAAAUCCAUUGUGGGUUGUUAAGACCAGACUUCAAACACAAGGAAUGAGGCCUGGUGUGAUUCCUUACAAAAGCAUGAGAUCUGCUUUCUCAAGGAUUGCAACUGAGGAAGGCUUGCGAGGUUUAUAUAGUGGGAUCUUGCCUUCGUUGGCUGGCAUAAGUCAUGUUGCAAUUCAAUUUCCUGCUUAUGAAAAGAUAAAGUCUUUCAUGGCAAAAAGGGAUAAUACAACUGUUGAUAAGUUACACCCUAGUAGAGUUGCCUUUGCUUCAUCAGUAUCAAAAGUAAUCGCUUCUGUAAUAACAUACCCUCACGAGGUUGUGCGCUCGAGGCUGCAAGAGCAAGGGCAGGCGAGACAUAUUGAACCCCAGUACGCAGGAGUUAUUGACUGUAUGAAGAAGGUGUUCCAAAAGGAAGGCCUUCGUGGAUUCUAUAAUGGUUGUGCUACUAAUCUACUAAGAACCACUCCUUCUGCCGUUAUUACAUUUACCAGCUACGAGAUGAUAGAUAGGUUCUUGCGGAGGGUUGUACUUACAGAAAACGAGCACUCAGGUGGCCACCCUAAGUCUGAUGGCCACGCCGAACCUCAGAAGGGAAAUGGAGGCACCGAGAGAGAGGGGAAUGACUCUGCAUUGCGGCAAGCACAAGCCCAAACAAAUCAGAGGACUCCACUUCCUCUUGGAAACAAAGACCCGCUAACGGCAAGACAUUGAAGGAAUCCACCCUUUUUUUGAAUUUACCAUUUGACUGUAAGAAAUUUUUCCAUUUGAAAGGGAAAAAAGUUAGUUCCCUUAUUGUAACCUUUCUUUCUUCGUUCAAAAUGUACGUCAUGAAAUUAGGUCUCGAGUAGUUUGUUUUGAGCUCUUUGAUGCAAAAAGUAUAGAUCCGAAAUGAUGUUGGAUUUGAAUCGGGUUGUAAUAAGAUAAGAAUUUGCAAAAGUUGUGCUUUUAUUUCCAACAGAGGAAGCUUGAGGUUUGGUGGUGUAAUAAAGCACGCCUUAUUCUUUGUC